UGUCCCCAGCCCCAGUGCUGAGGCAGGCAGAGUGCAGUGGGCUCUGGUGGAGGUCGGGAGAACUGCAGGGCGAAGGCCGCCGGGGGCUCGGCGGCUGCCGGGGGGGAGGCACUUGACACCGGCCCGGGGAGAGGAGGGGCCGCUGUCCCUGCGGCCAGUGCUGGAUGCGGGGACCCAGCGCAGAGGCAGCGCCAGGUGGAGCCAUCGGAAGCCCAAACCCACAGGCAGCCUGAGGCAGAGUUUCACCGGACUUUCACUCAGCACCCGGAUCUAUGUCUAAGUUUUAACUCUUGCUUUCAAAGACCACGAUAAUUCCUUCCCCAAAGCAAAGCGGCCCCCGAGCCCCGCGCAGCCCCAGCCUGCCUCCCACCACCCAGCUGCCCGCAAUGCCCUCCAGCGGCCCCGGGGACACCAGCAGCUCCGCUCCAGAGCGGGAGGAGGACCGCAAGGAGGGAGAGGAGCAGGAGGAGGCGCGCACCAAGGAGGAGCGGCAGGAGCCCAGCACGACUGCACGGAAGGUGGGGCGGCCUGGGAGGAAGCGCAAGCACCCCCUGGUGGAAAGCAGUGACACGCCAAAGGACCCCCCGGUGACCUCCAAGUCCCCGUCCAUGGCCCAGGAUUCAGGCCCCUCAGAGCUUUUACCCAAUGGGGACUUGGAGAAGCGGAGUGAGCCCCAACCAGAGGAGGGGAGCCCCGCUGGGGGACAGAAGGGCGGGGCCCCAGCCGAAGGAGAGGGUGCAGCCGAGACCCCGCCCGAAGCCUCCAGAGCCGUGGAGAAUGGCUGCUGCACCCCCAAGGAUGGCCGAGGAGCCACCACAGAAGAAGGCAAAGAACAGAAGGAGACCAACAUCGAAUCCAUGAAAAUGGAGGGCUCCCGGGGCCGGCUUCGGGGGGGCUUGGGCUGGGAGUCCAGCCUCCGCCAGCGGCCCAUGCCGCGGCUCACCUUCCAGGCGGGGGACCCCUACUACAUCAGCAAGCGCAAGCGGGACGAGUGGCUGGCACGCUGGAAAAGGGAGGCUGAGAAGAAAGCCAAGGUGAUUGCAGUAAUGAAUGCAGUUGAAGAAAACCAGGGGUCUGGUGAGUCUCAGAAGGUGGAGGAGGCCAGCCCCCCCGCAGUACAGCAGCCCACCGACCCCGCCUCCCCCACGGUGGCCACCACUCCUGAGCCUGUGGGGGCCGAUGCUGGGGACAAGAACGCCACCAAAGCAGCUGAUGACGAACCAGAGUACGAGGACGGCCGGGGCUUUGGCAUUGGGGAGCUGGUGUGGGGGAAACUGCGGGGCUUCUCCUGGUGGCCUGGCCGCAUUGUGUCUUGGUGGAUGACGGGCCGGAGUCGAGCAGCCGAAGGCACCCGCUGGGUCAUGUGGUUCGGAGACGGCAAGUUCUCAGUGGUGUGUGUGGAGAAGCUGAUGCCGCUGAGCUCCUUCUGCAGUGCUUUCCACCAGGCCACCUACAACAAGCAGCCCAUGUACCGCAAAGCCAUCUACGAAGUCCUGCAGGUGGCCAGCAGCCGCGCGGGGAAGUUGUUCCCAGCGUGCCAUGACAGCGACGAGAGCGACACCACCAAGGCCGUGGAGGUGCAGAACAAACAGAUGAUUGAGUGGGCCCUUGGAGGCUUCCAGCCCUCUGGCCCCAAGGGCCUGGAGCCUCCGGAAGAGGAGAAGAACCCCUACAAAGAAGUUUACACAGACAUGUGGGUUGAACCUGAAGCAGCUGCCUAUGCACCACCCCCACCAGCCAAAAAGCCCCGAAAGAGCACAACUGAGAAGCCCAAGGUCAAGGAGAUUAUUGACGAACGCACAAGAGAGCGGCUGGUGUACGAGGUGAGGCAGAAGUGCCGGAACAUCGAAGACAUUUGCAUCUCGUGUGGGAGCCUCAACGUCACCCUGGAACACCCUCUCUUCAUCGGAGGAAUGUGCCAAAACUGCAAGAACUGCUUCCUGGAGUGUGCGUACCAGUACGAUGACGACGGCUACCAGUCCUACUGCACCAUCUGCUGUGGGGGUCGUGAGGUGCUCAUGUGUGGGAACAACAACUGCUGCAGGUGCUUCUGUGUGGAGUGUGUGGAUCUCUUGGUGGGGCCAGGGGCUGCCCAGGCAGCCAUUAAGGAAGACCCUUGGAACUGCUACAUGUGCGGACACAAGGGCACGUACGGCCUGCUGCGGCGGCGAGACGACUGGCCCUCCCGGCUCCAGAUGUUCUUUGCCAAUAACCACGACCAGGAAUUUGACCCUCCGAAGGUUUACCCACCUGUCCCAGCCGAGAAGAGGAAGCCCAUCCGGGUGCUGUCUCUAUUUGAUGGAAUUGCUACAGGGCUUCUGGUGCUGAAGGACUUGGGCAUUCAGGUGGACCGCUACAUUGCGUCGGAGGUGUGCGAGGACUCCAUCACGGUGGGCAUGGUGAGGCACCAAGGGAAGAUCAUGUACGUCGGGGACGUCCGCAGCGUCACGCAGAAGCAUAUCCAGGAGUGGGGCCCGUUCGAUCUGGUGAUUGGGGGCAGUCCCUGCAAUGAUCUCUCCAUCGUCAACCCUGCCCGCAAGGGACUCUACGAGGGCACUGGCCGGCUCUUCUUUGAGUUCUACCGCCUCCUGCAUGACGCGCGGCCCAAGGAGGGAGAUGACCGCCCCUUCUUCUGGCUCUUUGAGAAUGUGGUGGCCAUGGGCGUUAGUGACAAGAGGGACAUCUCGCGAUUUCUCGAGUCCAACCCUGUGAUGAUUGAUGCCAAAGAAGUGUCAGCUGCACACAGGGCCCGCUACUUCUGGGGGAACCUUCCUGGUAUGAACAGGCCGUUGGCAUCUACUGUGAAUGAUAAGCUGGAGCUGCAGGAGUGUCUGGAGCAUGGCCGAAUAGCCAAGUUCAGCAAAGUGAGGACCAUUACUACUAGGUCGAACUCCAUAAAGCAGGGCAAAGACCAGCAUUUCCCCGUCUUCAUGAAUGAGAAAGAGGACAUCUUAUGGUGCACUGAAAUGGAAAGGGUGUUUGGCUUCCCUGUCCACUAUACUGAUGUCUCCAACAUGAGCCGCUUGGCGAGGCAGAGACUGCUGGGCCGGUCGUGGAGCGUGCCGGUCAUCCGCCAUCUCUUCGCUCCGCUGAAGGAAUAUUUUGCUUGUGUGUAAGGGACAUGAGGGCAAACUGAGGUAGUGACACCAAGUUAAACAAACAAACAAAAAACACAAAACACAAUAAAACACCAAGAAUGUGAGGAUGGAGAGAAGUAUCAGCACCCAGAAGAGAAAAAGGAAUUUAAAACAAAAACCACAGAGGCGGAAACACCGGAGGGCUUUGCCUUGCAAAAAGGGUUGGACAUCAUCUCCUGAUUUUUCAAUGUUAAUCUUCAGUCCUAUUUAAAAACACAACCAAGCUCUCCCCCCGCCCCCCCCCACCUCCUUUAUUUUUUUGGUCAAACCUUUUGUUUUCUCUUUUCAGAGGGGUUUUCUGUUUGUUUGGGUUUUUGUUUCUUGCUGUGACUGAAACAAGAGGGUUUAUUGCAGCAAAAAUGAGUAACAAAAAAUCGUAACAAUACCUGGCAGAGGAAAGAUGGGAGAGACAGAAAAAAGGAAAUUCUUUAGAAAUCUAUAUUGGUAUUGGGUUUUUUUUUUUUUAAACUAUAUAUUUUUGUUGUUGUUGUCUCUAGCCUGAUCAGAUAGGAACAAAGCAGGGGACAGAAAAUAGAGACACUCAGGCGGCAGAAUUCCCUCCCAGCCACUGAACUGUCUUGCUAGCACCAUUCCUGGUCACGCAAAACAGAACCCAACUAGCAACAGGGAGACGAGAACACCACACAAGACCCUUUUAUACAGUAUUUCAGGUGCCUACCACACAGGAAACCUUGAAGAAAAUCAGUUUCUAGAAGCCGCUGUUACCUCUUGUUUACAGUUUAUAUAUAUAUGAUAGAUAUGAGCUAUAUAUAUAAAAGGUACUGUUAACUACUGUACAACCCGACUUCAUAAUGGUGCUUUCAAACAGCGAGAUGAGUAAAAACAUCAGCUUCCACGUUGCCUUAUGUGCAAAGGGUUUUAAUCAAGGAUGGAAAAGAGGGAGAUAGCUUGCAGGUGAAUCACUACCGAGGUGGGGUUUCCUCCCUUGGUAUUAACGAAAUGAAGGAGAAUUUGGGAACAGCGUUUUCCUGCUUCUCCCUGCCAAAAAGGGGGGGUGAGAUGAGGUGGUCGGGACGGUGGACAGCUGAGAGUGGAAUUCAUCCAGGCUCACAUAAUAACCUUUAGAUUUUUUUUUCAAAAAGGAGACUCCCUCAGCAAGAUGGCAGGUUAAGGGGUCUUCAUUCCCAGUUUCUCAACAUUAGCUGAACCGAGGGCUCCUCGUGGUGGGAUCAGAAAUAAUCCAGAGUGUGGGAAAGUGACAGUAAAACCCCACCUGGAGCAAAUAAAAAAACAUACAAAACGUACUGGUGCUUGCCUGUUAAAGUCGCCUUUUGUGUGUUCUUUUAUGAGGCCCCACCAUCCACCCUCUGCACAAGGCGGCUUCCAGCCCCUGGAACGUGAUGUUUUUGGUCAUCUCCAACGGCUGCAGUUUUUUACUGGGAGGCUGAUGACACCUUUUGUUAUAAUUAUUCUUAUGGUUCUGGUUAUAAUUCUGUUUGUUUUCAGAUUUUCUUUAAGAAAACAAAAACCCACCCUCCCCUCCUUUUAGGUUUCAAACCAAGGUGCGGGGAGCAGGGUGCUUCUAAGUCAGUGGUGGUCCUGGUGCCCUGGUUCCCUACCCCUCGGGCCAGGUGGGCCACCAGGCGCAGCGAUAGCUGGGCGGCCAGGGAAUGUCCCCGGCCAGCCUUCCGGUGCGUCCCUCUUCUCUUCUACUUCCCCUCCUCUCAAGUCGUGUGUGUCAGGGCUGGAGGGAGGACUAGGCCAUCUCUCUCCUCGUGUGUGUGAUUGGAGUGGUGUGUAUUUCUUUUCUAGUGCUUGGUCUGAUGAUAGCUGUGCUCUUACCUCGAGUCAGCAGCACCUGGAGCCCCAAGUGCAUGACACUUGGUUCCACUUCCUACCGAGGCGAGCAGCCUGGCGUUGGCGGUAGGCGGGGACGGCAUUGGCGGCUCCAGGGUGAGGGCCCAAUGGGCAGAUGCUUGCCUGGAUAGAUGGGGUGUAGAUAUGUGGCAUAUAGAGAUAUAUAUUUUAUAAUGGGAGGGGGGAUGGCACCUCCUGGGACCGGCAGGGCUGGGAGGUGUGCUGUGAAGCACAUGGCUCCCAGUUCGCAUCCCUAGAAAGAUAGGGCCUACGGUGAUAGGCGCUAUAUAAAUACAUAGAUAGGGUCAUGUAUACGAAAUAUUAUGUAGUGGGGAGCGGAGGGAGGGGCUCGUGCUGAGCCUCAGGUCCCGCUGCACACAAAAGCCCCACACCAAUCAAUCAAUCCCACACGCAUCCACAGGAACAUUUCUAUACCGUUGCAUAACAAAUGCACUCACGCGGCCAGGGAGCACCCCGCACGACUCUCCCCGGAUUCAGGACUUGGUGGAGUCAGGCCCUGCAGCUCUUUACCUCUGUUGCCCUGAUUGCAGGUAGACUGUCAAUCCCAGAAGUUGCUAGGUGCUGAAGGCAGGAAAAGGAGGAGGUUUUAUUUUAGCAGGUGCUCUCCUCUAGCAGGUAGCGUUCUCUCUCUUUUGCCCCUGGUGAUGUCAAAAGAUUCUUCUGUUAGCAACCUGUGAUACUGACCUGCAACUCGAGGCACCAGUCAAGUCAGCCCUCAGCUCCCCCUACCUAUUCUUCCCCCACCAAAGGACAAUUGACACCCAGGUCUGUCUUGGCCAAGGGGCUUCCAUUCAAAAUAAAUCAAUGGGACGGUGAACCUCGUGUUUUGAAUAAGGCAAAUUAGUAAUUGGUGACAAAAUUAAACCAAGGCUUUGAAUCCCUUGCUCAUUGCUCAGGAGUAAGCUCACUGCUGGUGGCCAGUCUCCCAUUCCUUUUAGGGGUGCUUAGUGCUGGACCCCAGUCUACUAGUUUCCUUGUCAGAUUGGCUUUGAAGGUCACACCCAGUUGCUUCCUGCCAGCUCUGCCACACGGUGGCAGGCGGUGAUGGUCGGCCCCCAGGGGGCUGGAGUGGUUAGGAGAGGGGGGAUACCUCUGCCCUCCCUGUCUGGAGUCCCUGUACCUAAUUGUGGUGCUCAUCCCGUCCCCUCUGCUCCGGCCAGGCUCCUUCCUGGCCUGGAGUCCACCAGCACCACUCCAGGAAGGCUGGGGGGAGGAGGGCUGCCUCAGGCAGUCCAAGGUGCUCCCUCCCCCGCUGGCCAGCCCCCGUGGGGGGACAGUUUGGGCCUUUCUCUGCAGACCUUCAGCUCUCUGGGCUCUCCUAGGCCUUCGUCCGCUGCUUACGUGAAGGGGUUUGCCUUUCCCAAUGGCCCGAGCUCCCCCCAAGGGGUGGUGUGAGGAAGAAAGGUGGUAGCCAGCGGUAGCCAGGGACGUGGCAGGCCCGAGGAUUAGUAUGGACAGGCCAGCUUCCCAGAGGACGUUCCUUGGUGGCUGAUCGCCCGGCCUAGCAACCUAAUCAGGUGCCCCUCGCAGGAAUGAGCUAACGAUUACCAGCUUUUCUUCCAGCCAACCUGUGGGCUCAGUCCCACAGUAGAACUUGGUGGGGUGCAGGGGACUUGGGGAAUGUGCCAACUUGGCCAUGCCAGGAUGCUCUUAAUCCACGUCCAGUCGUGAGGGGCUGGCUUCUGGGGACAGGUACCCGGUCACCUAAAGGGGAGCUGUGCUUCGACAGGGCCAUCCUAGGAUUAAGGUGGGGAUCGUUACACUUGCUGUGGAGGAGGCUGAGGGUAGAGGCAGUGGUGCAGGAGAAACUAAGGCCUAGGGAAAAUUCUGGAGUGUGUGCCCAGUGAGAGAUUCUUUCUAAAGAACAGGCCCAUUUACCCCUGGAAACAGGCUUCUAGGGACUGAGGAUGAUGCCCCCCUACGUACUGCAGGUGCCAAGUGGAGUGUGGUGCCAAAGAGGUCUGUGGCUUGUGUUGGGGCAGUAGUGGGGGACUCGUGCCAGGGUCACAGCCGUUGCCUGCCGGCCUGAGAAGGAAGCUGGUCUCCAGCAGGUGGCUGCUGAGCUCGGUGGGCCUCAGGCUGGCUGGUGCUAACCCCCUACCCUGUGACUGGGAAACAGCUAGGGGAGCAGCCCGUGAGGUUUGGCAGCAGGAAGGGGUCUUGCAGUUGGCAGAUGACAUUAGUGUGUUACGAUCCGUUUUUCUCUCUAGACCGCAGAACCUUCUUCUGUUGGCCAUCCUGUGAGAAAUUGGUAGAAGAGCAUCCAGGACCUCUUAGCUUUGGGGACAGGCCUGGGAGUGCUUGGCUGGUGGAGAUGCCCAUGUGAAUUUUGGUGGGUCGCUAAGGUGCAGGUUGGGACAGGCAGACUCAGCAGGAAGGAAGGCCGUUGGACAUUGAGCUAGUCUAACAAGGGCUGGCUCCUCGCUCUUCCCGCUUAGCUGGCAAUUCUGAGGAAGCUUAGAUGGGAGUGACCCGCCAUCUCUGCAGCAAGGUCCAUAAGAGCAAAGGAAAGAAUCAUUCAGCGGGGCCAUGGAAAUGUUGUGCAGCAAGACCGUAAUCAAGUUUUCAUACCUUUAUAUAUAAGUAUAUAUAAAGUGGAUGCUGGAGGCGGUUUUGAAUUCCUGUUGUCCUGCUUGGUGCAGAGUUGCCUUGGCACUGGUGUCUUUCAGAAGCGUCAUUUGUCGGAAACUUGCAGGAGCCCCCUUGAGCUCCCCCCAAGGGGGGGGAGCUGUGGGUUAGGGCCGUGGGGCCUGCCAGGCAGUGAGAGCUGAAAAGGGCUAGCUGUUUGUUUUGGGCUGUUUGCUUUGGUCAGGGGAGCAGCAGAGCCAAGAUUCUGGUGAGAACUGAGUUUCUAGCCAGGCCCCAUUUUGAUCCAAGAGAUGAGGAAUCUGAAUUUGUCAUCUGGCACUGACUAGUCAGGUUGUUCCCAGUCCUUAUGAUUAGAGGUGACACUGGAGUUGUCCUGUCCUCUGGCAGGAAGCAGCUGAAGUCUUUCCUCCAAGGCAGGAUGGGGAAGGUGUUAUGGAAACCUAGCCUGGAGCGAGCAUGGCCCUCCCACCGUUCCCUGCAAGUGUUUGGAGGAUCCUGGAAGAAAGAGAAUAAAGGAUGGACUCCACUGUUCUGGCAGAAGCUCUCAAAUCUUUACAUUUUGGUAAAGGAAGGCUGGGGUCUUUGGGGAGUGAGGGCAGCCCGUCCUGUACCUGUGUGUUGCAGAGACCCAGCUGAGGUGGCCUUUGGUUGGUGACCUCUUGCUCACCAUUGACCCUGGGCAGUGGAGUUUGGGGGAAGGGGACAGCAGACGAGGACAAGAAUAGAAGUCUCUUUGCUAGUCGUGACUGGCUCAGUCCCCCAAAUGGAGACCUGUGCGCUCCUGUAACUGGAAAACUCCCCCAACGAGGGGCAUGGAGGGUGGCUUUCUCAAACCCCAGUCUGGCGGCCUCCAGCCCCGCACCUGAGGAGAUGAGCAGGGAUUGAAAGCCUCACCUUAGUCCCAUUUCACUUCACAGACUGAUUUGGUUGCACAGACCUAGAAUUCAACAAACAGCAACAACAACAAAAAAAAUGCCGAAAUUCCUUAGAAUACGCAGAGGGAGGAGGUGACUCAACAAGGUGCUAAAACAUUUUAUUAAAAAUAUAUAUUGUUAAAUUAAGUCUGCUGUCUGGACAAUGACUGUUUGUUUUGUUUUCUUGUAGUGGAGUUUAAAAGAGACUAUUAUUUUACUCUGAUAUAUUAUUAUUAAAAAGGCAUUUUAACUUUGUACUUGAAAACUAAAUGAGCGAUUUCAUGUGUUUUAGCUGAGGCAUUGAAGUAGCGGGUGCUUACUUAUUUGUGGGAAAAUCAUGUAUUCAUACUGAAGAAUAAACUCCGUAGCUGAUUUGGUAAUAACUUUUACUGUUACAGACGAUUUCGCUUUGACCCCGGCGGCAGAGCACUUUUACUCCACAUUCCACGCAGCUAAAUGCAGGACUUAACUCCCCAGAUCCUUCCCUUCCCAGCCCUCUUCCCUUUCUCUUCAGUUCCUCUUUUUUCCUUUUUUGUUUUUCUCCUGGUUCCAGCAUCCUUUCACCACUGUAUUUUUUUUUUUUUUUUUAGGGUUGCUUCUCUAUUUAUUGACAAUAAUAAUGUACAUUUCACAGUCUGGUUCUGGGACAUCCAGGGAGGGGCGCGUGCAAGGGGGCCCUGAGUGGGUCCCCACCCCCGCUCUCCGGUGUUCUGUUGUAUCUCUGUGUAAGUGAUGCUCGUGACAUAGCUGUUUAUGAAAUAAUUAAAGAGGUCAAUGCGUACAGCAGAUGUAGAAAGUCUGUCAGUUCCGCCUUCAUCACUUUUUUUUUUUUUUUUUUUUUUUUUGUGCCCAGAAGAAUAUAAUAAAGCUCCUUUCUAAUGUACUUGUGCUGGAGAACACUUGAAUAAAUGGACUGUUUUUGUGCAAAAAGAAAAAUGGAAAAAGCACCGUAAUAAUGUCCUUUUGUCUUGCGUCUCCUUUCCCCUGACAUAACUGUUCACAGCCUUCUCCAGAGGGGUUAAGUACUACUAGCAUUGGGUCCCGACAAUGCAGUUCCUCCCUUUCAAACAUCGCCUGCCUGAGCAUUCACUAGGGACUGUGAACUGGGUGGGAAAAAGGACAGUUUGAUUGACGUGAAGCUUCAAGAUAAGUUACGAUGAGACAAGUUUGCUGGAAAAGUGAAUUCUGUCCUGGGCCGAGUGGUAGAAGUUUUCAGACUAGAGUGGCGAGAGGAGAGGGCUUUGUGCCAGUAUCUUGUCAGAUGAGGUGGUGGGCUUUUGGUUGUGGGCAGCACUCACCUCUCUAGGGGGCUCUCCAACACACAAGGGUGUCCAGACGUGAGCAACCCAGUGGUGGGCAGUCUGGACUGUGCAGGGACCUUACAAUGAAACCAGGCAUUUGGCCUAAACAUGGGAAAAUUGAGAGAUGUUUGCAAACACAGGGCAAGUCCAAGGGGCUGGGAUUAUUCUGGGUAGUUCGAUGAGGAAGGCAGAAGUGGGGCCAGGUGGCAGAAGUCGGCCUAUUUCAGCCGAGCAUAAGGAAAAUCCUUUUUCACCUCUGGCCAACAGUGCAAGAGGCCGUCGAGAGGGCAGGGAGCCCUGGUUAGCUAAGAAGUGGAUAGCCAUGUGGGGGUACUGUGGCCUUCCUGGAGACCCCAAGUCUGGGUUCCUCUCCCUGCCUGGCCCCCCCUCAGAACUGUCUUGCAAGUGGAUGGUGCCUUGUGGUUUGAAGAGCCCAUUCACACACAAAGCCCCUUCAUCCUCAUGAAUCUUUCCCUGGCUGUCACUAGUUCCCUGUCCCCACCAUCUAAGAGACUGAAUCGGAAGGCACAUAAAAAGAGCGACUUCCUACCCCAUCUCACUCUAAGACCCCGGACAUUCUGUGCUGCGUUUGUCGUCCUAAGUGCCAAACAGGUCCAUUCAAUGGUUUCUUCCUUUAAGGAGGGAGGGUUGGUCAAGGUUUCUUGCCCACAUCAAACUCGGGGGAGGUUUAGGAUUGCACCACUUUGCUGGCAGCUUUGAAAGAAGUUAUAAGAGGAAAUUUUGAGAAAAAAUAAAAGGCUUUUUUUUUUCAUGGGCACUUUUCUUUACAAAAUUGUAAAUGUGCAUUUAGCUUUAUCUGACUUUUUUCUCAAUAUUUUUCAGUGUUGAUGUAGAAUUCC